AUGCAUUCAUCACGAUCUUCAGGCGUCACAUCAUUUUCCGACAUCAAAAAGACUUUGAUGAAGGCAAUCACCCAUGACGAACAGCAACAACAUCGGACUGCCCUAACCUAUUAUUUUCAAUGCAUGCAACAAGUUUCGGAAUUUGUUCAGGCAGAAUUAUUAAAAGGCCCUCCCAAUCAACAACAUCCACUCUCGGAACAAUCACAUCAAUUAUUGAAAUACUCGGAACAAUGUAUGGAGAGAAUUACUUCACUGGCUACACCGUUAUUUCAGAGCAGUAGUGGUGGAUCUUCAAAUUCGGGUGGAAAUCCAACGAAUGGUAGUGGCGGUCAAUGUAUUGGAUUCGCCAACCAUAACCACAACAGCAACAACACAACACCAUUGGCACAAUCCAACACGAACACGACAUCAUCAGGUACCAACCACUCGAGUAGUUCAAAACCCACUCCAACAAAAACCAAUGUAACAAGUCAUGCUGGUAAUGUAACCAAUUCCUCUCCUGUGGUGAAUACCAAUUUGACGAAACGAAACUCAUUCAAUUCACAAUCGUCGGCCACAACUCCCAACAAUCCAACACCACCACCACAACCAAAAUUACUGACAGGUGCAUUCCCAUCGAAAUCAAGCAGCAGUAGUGCUAUACCACAACGAAAUAUCAACAAAGAUAGUACCACGUCUAAUAUCCCAAAUUCAGCAAGCCAACAAUCACCGUUGAAUGCCACGUCGUCACAACCUAAAAUCUCUUCAUCUACCUCUUCCUCUGCUCCUUCAACUACUACUGGAAGUAUGGAUUCCAAGAAAACUCUCCAAAUGAAGAGAAAGGAAUAUGAAAAAGCUCAAAUUGUUCAAAUGAAAGAACAAAUGAUUAAAAUGAGCCAGGAACGAGCUCGACAAAUGGAAAUUCAAAAUAAUGUAAAUAACUUUUUGCAAAGAAUUCAAAAUAAGAAGCGCACUUUUAGAUGGAAGGAACAAGAUGCAUGGUCCAAGUUUGUUGACACCAAUUUCAACUACCAAAACAUGUCACAACUUCUUAUUGAACAAGAUCGAGUGUUUUUGGAUAACCUCUCGAAUCCAUCUCUGUUGAAGCCAAUUGAAGCUGUUCGCUUCGGUGGAGUUGACGAUGAAGAUGCCUCAACCGUUGAUCCAACAACUGAAAAUACCAUCAAAAGUCAUUGCAUGAAUAUUCUCUCCAAUCCCUCUCAUACUCUCAGUCAAGUGAUUGUCAAGUUUUCAGAAUAUUUCGGAGACAUGUACAAUAAUGCACAAUAUACAAGUAAUGGUGGUGAUCACGAAACACGAAAUUUAAUUUCAAAAUGCGUCAAUGAUAUUGAACUAUUUGUAGAAAAAUUAAGCAUGGUUUUAUUUGGAAAAUAUUGGGAGCUUCCAUCACACAAAUAUGAAGAGAUUGUGAUUGAUUGUAUCAUGGAGACAUUGUGGGGCAAUGGAAUCUUUUCAAAAUUAAUGUAUUUAUUUGUUAAGGUGUACAGUGAAGAGACAAACCGAAUGAAUGAGAAAAUUAGCAAGUGCUCUCAUACCAUCACACUACACGCGUUGAGAGUGUCUGACAAGUUCCUUCUCGAGCAUGAAAAAAUUCCCUACGAGAAGAGUAUUGCAUUAUUCAAAGAAUCAGAUCACACUCUAUCAGUGAACAAGAAAAUUGAGAAAAUCUGUCAAUCCAUUGGACAAGUCUCACAAGAUGUCAAUGAUUAUCACGCCAAACAUGGCACUCUCAAAGAACCCAUCGUGGUAGGAGCCGAUGAUUUAUUACCAAUUUUCAUCUAUGUCGUGGCAAAGGCCAAUGUGCAAGAUUUAUAUGCCAAAUUUCAAAUGAUUAGUGAGCUCAUUCCAGAAUAUACAAUUAAGGGAGAAUUUGGUUAUGCUCUCGCUACCUUAGAGACAGCCAUGAAUUGUCUCAUGUCAUUUGGUAAUGGUGAAAUGCAAGAAAUUUCCACCAUUGAUCAGAUUCGAAACGAAUUGAAUCAAUUUGAAACCAAAUUAGAUUACUUGGAUGAUGUCUCUUCAGUGAGUUCACAGGAAUAUGAAUACUCCUCUCAAGAAACGACAUCAUUUUCAACACCGCUGCAUCAAUAUUCUCCAAGUGGUCACUUGCCAACCAUGCACCAGAACAUGUACAGAGUGACAAAUCAAGGUGAAGAAGAAGAAGAAGCACUUGGAGAUUUAGAAAACGGAGGAGAACUUGACCUGGGUGAUAUUUAG